AUGGAACGAGCAAUUACAAUAAUACAAGCUACAAAUUUUUGUAAGAGAAAAAGCAAAAAAAUAGCUAAAAUAGUAAUUCCUCUUCUGUUGAUUUUCAUUAUUGGCACUAAUAUUUAUGAUCCUUUUUAUCGACAUUUAAUUGAUGAAGAAAAUGAAGAUGAUAAACGGUUAUGGUGCAUUGCUAGUUAUCCAUCUAAUGUACAAUCAUUUGAUUCUAUUAUACAAACAUUGAAUUUUUUGGCUUCAUUCAUUAUUAAUCUAAUAGCGGCUAUUAUUCUCAUAACAAGAAAAUCUCGUCAACAAUCAAAUGUUCGAGCUAAUUGGCUUUUCUAG